AUGCAUUCCAAGACAACUUGUAUGAUCCUCUACAACGAAGAUGCAUACGCGUCCUAUUCCUGCGAUUAGAUUUCCAGUAGUUGUCAGUUAGAAGCGCCAUUUGUCCUUGUUUGUCAAGACCAUUGACGCCCAAGUCCUGUUCUGCAGUUUUUCCUGUCCGUAAACACUACAAGCAGCGUUCUGCACCAAAAGGCCAAGCUUACGAUCCUCACGCUCAUACCAUAGACUAAAGCACUAGCAUUCACUCAAAACUCAUCAUGGCUGCCACACCUUCUAUGGCUGCAGCUCUUGCUGCAUCACUCCCUGCACCUCAGACCGCACCGACUCCAGCUGCUCCUACUUAUGAAGCCAUCCCUGCUUCUAUGUCUAAAGUUAUCGACAUCGAGGCCGACAUUCCUGUAACUUCUGUUCAACUCGAUGGUCUGGUUGUUUCCAAAAUUAUCAAGCACUCGCGGGAGGCACAGGGCUCUAAUGCUCACGGACUGCUGCUCGGUCUCGACAUUGACGGCACACUAGAAAUUAACAACUCGUUCGCGCUUCCUCACCAUUUCACCGAUGACGAUGACAAGUCGAUAAAGGGUGUUGCACGAUACCAGGCGUCAAUGCUGCGAUCAUUGAAGGAAGUCCAGGUGGAUGAUAGUGUCGUUGGCUUCUACCAAGCGAUGACUCUUGGUUCAUUCUACACACAAUCACUGGUGGAGACACAGGCUCUGCACCAAGACAAGCUUAGACACGGCGGUAUCGUGAUUGUGCAUGACAUUUCACAGACUGCGCGGGGGAACGCAUCAUUCCGUGCAUUCCGACUGACAAAAGCAUUUUUGGAUGCAUACAAGCGAAACAACUUCAGCACGGAUAGCUUGAUCGACCACAGACUGACAUUUUCGUCUAUUGUCGAGGAGAUUCCAUUGCGUAUUCGCACAAACCCGCUUCUUAGCUCUUUCUUGGAGACAUUAAGUGCUCCCGCGCCGAUGCCCUCUGUCGACAUCAAACCGACAACAGCCACCUCGACAGCUGCUAUUCCGCCGUCGUUCUCGGUGCUCAAUCUGGGCUCGGGUAACAUCUCGCGAAACAUGGAACAAAUCGUUGAUGCUCUUGACAGCUACAGGACAGAGGAGGGCAAUUUGGCGUACCUGCAACGACAGAUUGCACGGGAGAAAGUGAAGGCGGAGGGAUACAUUGCAAAACGGAAGGAAGAGAACGCGUCCCGCGUUGCACAGGGACUGGCGCCUCUUCCGGAAGAGGAUGUGAACAGACUUUUCAAGAUUCCAGCAGAGCCGAGCAGGCUGGAGAGUAUGCUAUUGUUGGGCCGGAUCGACGCCUAUUCGAAGAGUUUGGAGGGGACAUCGAGCGCUGGACUUGUCAAGAUGUACGCUGCAAAGGGUAGUGCGGGUGCUUGAACAAAUGAUGUGAUUGACUGUUUCCAUAGUACGAGAUGUUUGGUAUUGAGUAUCCGGCGUGAAAUGAGAGCGUGCGAGAGG